AUGGGAGUAGAUAGCACCUCUAUCAACCAUGUAUUUGGUGAUGAUCCAUUCAGAGAGCACAAUAUAGAGGCACUUCUGGCACAACAUGGAAUUCAUAACUUCCCGGUUGAAUUGGGCGACCAGUUCCCUGCUGUUAAUGUCCAACAACCCAGUGUUGAUCUUAGCCAGGCGCAACAGGAAGAGGAUUUGAGAGCCAUAGAAGUCUCUCUUACUUCAGGAAAUCUGAGGAUUGUGCUGCUGGGUAAAACUGGAUCAGGAAAGAGUGCAACAGGAAACACGAUCCUCGGCAGAAAUGCAUUUAAAGAGGACUUCAAUCCAGAAUCAGUUACUCAAAAUUGUGCGAUAAAAAACACAAGAAUAGGUUCAAGGACUGUCACCAUAAUUGACACUCCAGGGCUGUUUGACACAUUGAUGGGUGAAAAGAAGGAUAAGAAACCUGACACACAGAUGACUGAAGAAAGACUGAAGGCUGAAAUAGAGAAGUGUCUGGAGAUGUCUGCUCCUGGUCCUCAUGUGUUCCUGCUGGUCAUCAGACUGGAUCAGAGGUUCACAGAUGAAGAGAAGAGUGCAGUCAAAUGGAUUCAGGAGAACUUUGGAGAAGAAGCUGCAUGUUACACCAUCAUUCUGUUCACUCACACAGAUGCACUAGAGGAGAAACCAUUAGAUGAGUAUAUCAGAGAAAGUAAUGAUCUCAAGGCUCUUGUUAAUGAGUGUGGUGGCAGAUUUCACUCGAUCAACAAUAAAGACAUUGAGAACCGCUCUCAGGUCACAGAACUGCUGAAGAAGAUUGAGAAGAUGGUGGAGAAGAACGGAGGACAACAUUACACUGAUGAGAUGUUUCAGGAAGCUCAGAGAAGGAUACUUGAUAGAGUACAGUUCUGGUCAGAGAAACCUCGUAUUGUGCUGCUGGGUAAAACUGGAUCAGGAAAGACCGGAGUGGUGGAAACCAUCCUGGGCAGAGAGAGGAGAAAUUCACCAAAUUCUGAAACCUGUGAAGUACAUGAAGCAAAUGUGGAUAAAAAGAGCAUGGAAAUAAUUGACACUCCAGGACUGAUUGAUGCAUCAAAAGAGAAGAUGAAAAAAGAUGAAAUCGAGAAGUUUGUCUGUAUGUCUGCUCCUGGUCCUCAUGUGUUUCUGCUGGUCAUCAGACUGGACACGAGAUUCACAGACGAAAAGAAAAACACAGAGAAAUGGAUUCAGGAGAACAUUGGAGAAGAUGCCGUACAUCACACCAUUAUUCUGUUCACUCACGCUGAUCUAUUGAAGGGAAAAUCAUUAGAUGAGUAUAUCAGAGAGCGACCAUAUCUGCAAUCACUGGUUCACAGAUGUGGUGACAGAUCUCACCCAUUCAAUUGUCAGGACAGAAACAAUCCCAAUCAGGUCACAGAGCUGCUGGAGAAGAUUGAAAACAUGGCAGAAGCAAAUGGAUGGAGGUACUACACAAAUCAGAUGUUUAAAGAAAUUCUCAACAGAAAAGUACGUAGACUACGUAAUGCUUCAGUAGCAAUUGGAUCAGCAGGAGUAGCAGCCAUAAUAACAGGUGGUGCUGUCCUGGGAGCAACAACAUUGGUCGCAGCACCGGCACUAGUUAUUGCAGGAGGAGGUCUAGCUGUAGUUGGAGGAAUAGGAAUUUAUAAAAAGUUUUCAAAGAAAGAUUAG